CGCUGGCCGCAGGUGUUUUAAAAAGCGUCAGGUGAGCGCGCACGGUAUCCAGUCCGGGUCCUCCAGCGGUCUGCGGGUCUCUCCUCUGCUCCACACGGCGACAGUUUUUUUUUGGCGGUGAUCAUGAUGAAAGCGGCGCUGUCCCUGCUCCUGCUCCUGCUCUCCCUGUCCUUCGCUCUGGGCAAGUACGUCCCCAAAACGGGCAAGAGGAUCCCCCAGACCCUGUCCAGAGGAUGGGGCGACCAGCUGAGGUGGGCUCAGACGUAUGAAGAGGGUCUGUUCUGGUCCAGAUCCAGGAACAAGCCUCUGAUGGUGAUUUUCCACCUGGAAGAUUGUCCACACAGCCAAGCUCUCAAGAAGAUUUUCUCCGAGGACGACGAGAUCCAGAAGAUGCUGGACGAGGACUUCAUCGUGCUCAACCUCGUGUAUGAAACUACAGACAAGCAUCUCUCCCCUGACGGCCAGUACGUGCCCAGAGUCGUCUUUGUUGAUCCCUCCAUGACGGUGAGAGCCGACAUCAUCGGCCGCUACUCAAACCGCAUGUACGCCUACGAGCCCAGCGACAUCAGAACCUUGUUUGACAACAUGAAGAAGGCCAAGAAGCUCCUCAAGUCUGAGCUAUGAGUCGGUCCACGACUUUGGAACAGUCCAGACGUUCUUACAGCGUUCGUUCUACAGCAGAUCCACACUGCUGUAAAUCCCUCUUCAUUUUUUUAUUAUUGUAAACUGUAACAAAACGAAAUGUCCUGAAUAAAUAUACAGUCUUAUUUACU